GGAGAGGGGCGGGCAUGAGAGAGGGGGACAGGUCAGCGUGGGGUACGGACGCGGCGUGCAACGAACAGUGCCAACUUGGCUGACAGUCGGAAGCGGAGGACGUAUGGGAGGCAAGAGAUCGAGAAAGUUGACCGAGCGGAAGGUCCGCGGAAGAACGUGCCUGAGACGACGUUGACCGAGCGGAAGGUCCGCGGAAGAACGGGACUGAGACGACGUCACAGCCAGCGAAGCAUACCCAAACAUGUUCGCAGAGAGUGACACGUGGACAGGAGGGGCGUUGCAGUGCAGUAUAUGACACGUGGACUCUGUCCAGACACUUGAUCUCAAGGGCGUGACACGUGGCUUGCUCACUCUCACACAGAGAGAGAGAGAGAGAGAGAGAGAGAGAGAGAGAGAGAGAGAGAGAGAGAGAGAGAGAGAGAGAGAGAGAGAGAGCAUCGACUUGGACCGAUGGUUGUGUGUAAGUGCCGAAAGGCGACCAAGCUAUAUUGUUUCGUGCACAAGCUCCCGGUCUGUGUGGAAUGUGUCUGCUCGGAUGAGCAUCGACUUUGUGUGGUUCGAACCUACUCGGAAUGGGUGGUCGAUGGCGACUAUGAUUGGCCUCCACGAUGUCCAGUGUGCGAGGAGAUAUUGGAUGAGCAGUCGAAGCCCAAUGUCACACGACUGAGCUGUUUGCAUGUGCUGCACGAUAAGUGUUUGCAGAAGCAUUUGGAGAUAUUCCCACCGUACACCGCGCCUGCUGGAUUUACCUGCCCUGCAUGCAAAGAUUCGGUAUGGCCUCCGAAGAAUCCAAAAGACGUUUCGUCAACCCUCAGCGCCAGAAUACGGGAGGUCGUUGCAAAGAGCUCUGUGGGUCAGACGAUUCUUGGUGGAGACAUGAAUCUCAACUCCACAACGAAGGAUGCACAGCCACCACCAUCAGCAUUCUCUACGGCGCCGUUGUCGGAGCCGCAGGUGAACACAGAUAGCGCAACAGCUGGCGCAGGUCCGUCCACAACUGCAUCGGUUUAUGGAAAUGGAGAAGCAUCCCGCAGUCCAGACAGUGCCGCACUGCCAACCGACAGUGCGACGAGCGAUAUGGAGGACUGGUCAGAUCGAGGAAGGCUAGGGAGAGGAUCGCUCAACGGAGUAGCAGCGGCCGCAGCAGAAGCAGAGAAAGCCGCAGCAUCUGUCACCGCAGCGGCCCCAGGAGCAAAGUCAGCUCUUCCGACACCGUCACCUUCAGCGCCACAGUCAUCAUGGAUGGGACCCCAGGUAGCUGCUGUAGCCAGGAAGGUACCUGCUCGAGGUGAAAGACAUUCCAUGGACGUGGAGGAUGAUCACAGAGAUCCUGAUAGAAGUGAGAUGAAGUAUGCGCGAAGAGGAACAUGGUAUAGCCGCUUUAUACAGCAGUUUUCGUCACCGUCGAAGUCAGGCCUUCCUGUUGCUAUUGUGCGGAAGGACUCGGGCAAUGCGGAAGAACUGAUAACUGGUGAAGGGAGGCGAUCACGGAAAUCACGCAAGGCGGCCGUUGAUCCUCGUAGGGUUCUACUGGGAUUUGCAAUAAUGUCAUGCAUGGCAACCAUGCUGCUGCUGUACUUCAGACUGGCACAGCGGCACCUCGUCGGACAUGAUGACCCUGAUGCUACGGUGUAGGGAUAUGGAGGGGCACUGCGGCAAUGCCUUGCAGGCGGAUGAAGGGGACAGUUGCAGGGUGUGCAUAUUCAUUUCCUAUGCAUCUGCUUGCAAGCAUUGAAGGGACCAGCAGGGGCCCCGAGGCGUUGAGACACCGUAGGCAUUUUUUGGGGAAUUCAUUUGAUGGUGUGGUUUUGCUUCCAGCACGAUAGAACAAUCAACCAGCCUGUGAAAGUGGAUAUUUGCCUGGUGUCUGGCUGAUAUGACUGUUCACAUCCACCUCUUCUGGGUUUUCCUUGUUCCUCUCCUACACUAAACCACCUCCCCUCCCCCGCCCCCCGCCAUCCCCUCCCGCCCCCCCCAAUAAUAAAUCCAAUUCAUUUUCGAUGUAUGUUUGAGGAUUGGAAGAGCAGCGAUCUCUGUGCGGUUGUGAGCUUUUGGCUCAGCGUAGGCAAUAAUGAUGUGCCAAACGAAAAAAGAGAGAGAGAGAGAGAGAAAGAGAGAGAGAGAGAGAGAGAGAGAGAGAGAGAGAGAGAGAGAGAGAGAGAGAGAGAGAGAGAGAAAAAAAAAAAAAAAAGAGAGAGAGAGAGAGAGAAAGAGAGAGAGAGAGAGAGAGAGAGAGAGAGAGAGAGAGAGAGAGAGAGAGAGAGAGAGAGAGACAGAGAGAGAGAGAGGGAGGGAGGGAGGGAGGGAGGUUGUCGUUUGGUAUUGCCGAGGUCGUGUCAAUAUGUGGUCCCCAUUCUUUUGUGUCCCCAUUGUUUUGGUUCUUAUGAGGACAUAUUAUUAUCAUCCCAAUGAGCCUUGUCCUGUUUUUGUAGAGCAAUCUUGGUUUGCAUCUCCUAUUUCAGCAUCACUGCAUCAGUCCAUUUGCUAAAGGCUCAUUCAUAUCAGUCAUUCAAAUCAGCGAGGGCAAAUGAUUCCAGUGUGUGUAGGGAUAUUGUACGGGCAGGUAGGAGAUUCAAACUGCACAGAAGUAUAAAUACUAAAUAUGGUAUUUGCCAUUUUUUGGAUUUUGAGAUCGAAUCCGACGAUUGGUAAUAAAUUUAUCAGCAAAGU